AUGCUUUCACAGCUGGUCGCAAUAUGCGCUGUCGCUUGUCUACAGCCCAUCUACUUUGUGAAUGCUCUGUCAACUCCCCAAGCUCCUGAUAUCAUCAAUCGACAAUUUAUCCAACUUACGAAUCCCAUCAAUUCUGGUUUUAAGCAAAGUCUACCCGUUUCUUUCAUUCAGGAUUGGCCCACGUGGGUUCUCGAUGAAGAAGGUAAACUUUCCAGAAUUCCAGAUGGCGAUGGUUUUGUACAGCCGACAAGUGUGGAUGAAAUUUGGCAUCCAAUCGAUUUGAAGAGGCCAGCUGUGAAGCUUGCAAUGGGGCUGCAUGUACGUGAAGGUACAAUUCGACAUGUGAUGCCAGCCAUCGACCUAUCGUAUGAUGGGGGCGCACAUCGGAAUCGCGGAAUGUGUAGUGUCCCCAGAGCACACUCGUGGAUUGAUUUUUCACUGAGCAUGGACGAAUGGGAAAAUUAUAAAAUCAUGAUGUUUGCCAAAGAUACCAAAGAUGACAAGAGUUGGGAAAAUCUAAAAGUCUCCCCAAUAGGCGAAAUCCCACGCGCCAUCGAAAGGGCGACAGUGUGUUUGUCCGAAGAUGCUCCGGACGAAAUGGGGACUGGCUCACAUAUCCUACAUGUCAUCUUGAGUGAUGAAAGCAAUACAGAAAGUCAGUUGGAUUGUCCUCGCCAUGCUUUGCGAGUUACUAUGGAUGACGAGGAAGUAAGCAGUGCUAAUGCUGCUGAAGAAGCCAGUGGUGUGUUGGAUGUGGUUGUUUCCUCCACAAUAGCAGGAGUAGAAUCAGAAUUCUUGCCUGACGCAUACCGACCACUGUUUGAUGACACAGCUCUACAAAAUCCCCUGUAUGCAAAGUACAAACAAAGACAAAGGCUGCGAGAAGAAAAUAGAUAA